AUGGCAGUUAAAAUGUUGAGUAUAAAAGCUAAAGGGAAUGUAUCUCAACAAAUCUUUGAUGAUUUCGUGAAAGCUAUGAAAGAAGUGAUUCCUAAGGAUAACUUACUUGUCUCCAAUUUUUAUGAAGCAAAGAAGCUAGUAUCGAAACUUGGCAUGGAAAGCAAUAAAAUUGAUUGUUGCAUUAAUGGUUGUAUGCUGUAUUACAAGGAGGAUGAUAUGCCAAGAAAGGAAUGUAAAUUUUGUCAUUCUCCAAGGCACAAGAUAGGUAAAAAGGGUAAACAAGUGCCUUUGAAACGAAUGCACUAUUUACCGCUUAUACCUCGUUUAAGAAGACUUUAUGCUUCAAUGAACACAGCAUCUCACAUGCGAUGGCAUUUUGAUCACGAGUUUAAAGGAGUUCUUGAGCAUCCAUCGGAUUCAAAAGCAUGGAAGUAUUUUGAUAGAAAACAUCCACAAUUUUCUCAAGAACCACGCAAUGUCAGACUAGGAUUAUGUGCUGAUGGAUUCACCCCUUUUGGUCAAUCUGGUAAACAAUAUUCAUGUUGGCCAAUAAUUGUCACUCCGUAUAACCUGCCUCCUUCUAUGUGCAUGAAAACUCUUUACAUGUUUUUAUCCAUGAUUAUUCCUGGUCCUCGUAAUCCCAAAAUCAGGAUUGAUGUAUACCUGCAGCCCUUGAUUGAUGAGCUAAAACUACUAUGGGAAGAUGGCGUUUUAACUUAUGAUAUUCAUUCUAAGUCAAAUUUUGUAAUGCGAGCUGCAUUGUUGUGGACUAUUAAUGAUUUUUCUGCAUAUGGAAUGUUGUCUGGAUGGAUGACAGCAGGCAGGCUAGCAUGUCCAUACUGUAUGGAACGAACCAAGGCAUUUCAAUUAAAAAAUGGGAGAAAGCCAUCAUGGUUUGACUGCCACAGACAAUUCUUGCCAAAUAAUCACAUGUUUAGAAGAAACAAGGAUGCAUUCUAUAAGAAUAGAAUUGAGAGAUCAGAACCUCCGCCAAGAUUGACUGGAGAGCAAAUAUGGUAUAUAGUUCAGAAUUAUGAUAAGAUAAGUGAUGUUGAGCAACUUGAGAUAGAAGGAUAUGGAAGUACGCAUAAUUGGACCAAAAGAAGCAUAUUUUGGGAUUUGCCUUAUUGGCGUCAUAAUUUAAUCCGUCAUAACCUUGAUGUAAUGCAUAUUGAGAAGAAUGUAUUUGAUAAUAUAUUCAAUACUGUCAUGGACAUCAAAGAGAAGACUAAAGAUAAUGCAAAGGCUAGAAUGAAUCUGUCAUUAUACUGCAAGCGAAAAAAUUUAGAACUGCCAAAACAAAGUGGAGGUAAAAUUAUAAAACCCAAAGCAAACUACACAUUUACCCUCCAGCAAAAGAGGGCAAUAUGUGAAUGGGUGAAAGAGUUAAGGAUGCCUGAUGGAUAUGUUUCAAAUUUAGGGAGAUGUGUUGACAUGAAAGAGGGCAAGUUAUAUGGAAUGAAAAGUCAUGAUUGUCAUAUAUUUAUGAAACGUUUACUGCCAAUUGCUUUUAGUUUAUUGCCAGAGCAGAUCUGGAAGCCAAUAACAGAGUUAAGUCAAUUCUUUCGAGAUUUGUGCUCAACAUCGUUACGAGAAGAUGUUCUAAAUAAACUAGAAGAAAAUAUUCCAAUUGUGCUAUGCAAGCUAGAACGUAUUUUUCCUCCUGGAUUUUUUGACUCAAUGGAACAUCUACCUAUUCAUUUGCCAUUUGAAGCAUUGCUUGGUGGUCCUGUGCAAUAUAGAUGGAUGUAUCCUUUUGAGAGGUUUCUUCAUCAUCUUAAAAAAAAGGUCAAGAACAAAGCACAUGUUGAAGGAUCUAUCGUUGAAUCAUACCUAAUUGAGGAGAUUUCUUACUUUUGUGAGUACUAUUUUAACCAAACUAGCAUCGAUGCAAAGCAAAAUGAUGAAGGUGAUGAUUCAAUUGAGCAAAAUUUGUCUAUUUUUAAUUUGCGUGGUUGUUUGGCUGGUGAAUGCAAAAUUCGUUAUUUAGAUGACAAAGAAUUCAGUGCAGCCAUGAAUCAUAUACUAAUAAACUGUGAUGAAAUUAAGCCAUAUAUUGAGAUCUUUGUGGAUUUCAUACGCCAAGAUCAUAUUACUUUAAGUGAUGAACAAGUUAAUCAAUUUAUUGAAGCGAAUUUUGCAAAAUGGUUUAAAAAUUAUGUUCAUGAUCCUUUAAAUAAUGUGACAGAUUCGAAUAUUCAUUCCUUGGCAUGGGGUCCUUUGAGAAUUGUUAAAUGUUGGCCUAUCUACAAAGUCAAUGGCUUCAAGUUUCACACAAGAUCUCACUCAAGUGGAAAGUCAACUCAGAAUUAUGGAAUAUAUGUCAAAGGCACAGGAACAAAGGUAAACAAAGAGUAUGGAAUCAUACAGAUUCGAAAGAAUCGACGAUAUGGUAAAUAUGAUCCGUUUAUCAUUGCACAUAAAGCAAUUCAAGUAUAUUUUGCACCUCAUCCAAUAAGCAACACCAAAGAAAAAGCAGAAUGGUGGUUUGUAUUCAAGACUAAAGCAAGAGGUGAGAUUGAGAUUGAAACAACGGAGGAUUUUGCAUAUCAAGAAGAUGGCACAAAUCAAUCUAACAAUCAUAUCUCAAAUGAUAUUGAUAUUGUUGUUGAUUUACUGGAUACCAAUAGUACAAGAUAUGAAGAAGAAGAAGAAGAUGAUGAUGAUGAGCCACUUGGGGAUGAAGACGAAGAUAUGGAUGAGGAUGAGAACGAAGACGAGGACGACGACGAGAACAAUGAGGAUGAAGAUCAAAAUGAAUAG